UCUCUUUCUCUCUCUCUCUCUCUUCUCUUCUCUCGUCUCUCCCUCUCUCUCUCUCAUUAUGGCACAGAGAGCUGGUUCCUGCCUCCGAUCGCCGUGUUCGCUGUCUCUGCGUUCGUCGUGUGACUUCAAUCAGGCAGUCAAGCUGCAUGACUUUUCAGGAGUCUCUAGAAAGUGUGCAACGGGAUUGCGUUUGCAAUGAUAAUAACAUGAUCAGCGCUGCUAGCUGAUGGAGAGUGAUGCUGCUGCUGCUGCUGGACACUCGCAGAAGUCCUCUCUGCUGAGUGAAGGCAGUGCACGUGGGCAAACCGGAUCAUCCGGAUUGUCGAGACAUUACGCUACAGAGAGAGAGAGAGAGCGAGAGCGAUAGAGCUUUUGGGAAAAGGUUGCGCCUUCUCCCUAGCCUCGUCAAUCAUCAUUGCCUCUCCAACCUCUCGCCGUCCGUAGACAGACAGACAUAUUCUUCUGCUGGUUCUCAUCAUCACGCCGAAUGUCAACCUUCAGACGGUGGACAAUGGUAAUUACAGAAUUCUAGUCGAGAAACGCACAUGGGAUCCGAAGCCUAUCGCUACCAUGGCGCCACUUCACAGGCGCUUGUGGCAGUGCUCCAGCUUGCUCAGGGAGACCGCCGGUUGCUCCAGGCUUGAGUCCAGUCUCGAUGUCCUCCAGAAGGCACCCAGGGACCAUAGCAGCACCUCCAGCAGCAGCAGAGUGAGCGGGUUCAAUUUCUUGAGCAGUUUCAGAAUGCUGCCCUCUCGCGAUUCUCGAGCUCACGUGCCGCACUGCGUGACUGCAUUCGACUGCCAAGGCUUCAAGGAGCUGGCUUGGCCUUUCCUGCGCCAGUCCAGCGAGAAAUGGCUGAGCAUCCAUCACCAUCCUAGGGAGCAAGCGGUGAUGAUCAUGAGGGCGUCCGGGCUGACCCACUUGAGACCGAGGCCGGACGUGCACGUGAAUCAGCAAGCUCAACCGCCAGGUGCUGCACCUCCAACUUCCAUCACAUCGAUCCAAACAACCUGCACCAUGGCCAACGGAACAGAAGUUCCUGCGCACACGUACACCAUCCCGGCCGAGGCCGAGGCCGACGACGGUGAUGCGAUGAAGCCCAGAAUUCUGGCGGUGCAGAAAGUGAAGCCGGCAAUGUCAGGACUGGACGAGUACCUGCCGCUCUCGAACCUGGAUCGGCUGCUGAGCUCCAUGUACCCGCAAACCUUCUUCGUGUUCGAGUCGACGAGAUGGAGAUCGGUGGAGAAUGUGGUCAGUGCUCUGAAGCGGACGCUCGCUGACGUGCUGGUCCAUUACUACCCUUUCGCCGGAGAGAUGAAGGAUCCGGAAUGGGGAGUGUACAAGAUCCACUGCAAUGGCGCCGGCGCCGACUUCACCGAAGCGUUCGUCGACGCGUGCAUCAAAGAUCUGGACUUCGUCUUCCCGAGCCCCUCGUUCGCGUACAACUUCCUUCCGACUCCGAAUGUUGCUGCGCACGUCCUGUGUCCUCUCUCGAUCAAGGUGACGAGGUUCAGAUGCGGAGGGCUGCUGCUGGGAUUCAGCUUCCAUCACCAAGUGGCGGACUUCCAAUCGUACCUCAUGUUUCUGCAGGCGUGGACGCAGGCAAUGCGCGGGCAGGCGGUGACGGCGCUGCCCGAGCACGGGCGCGGGCUGCUGAGGGCGAGGCCGCGCGAGCGGCCGUGCCGGAACCACGAGCUCGAGUACCGCGUGCAGCAGCGGGACGAGGAGCGGAUGCCGCGGCCGACGACGCCGCGGGGCGCAGGGCCGGUCGUGUCCAAGUGCUUCCACCUGAGCAGCGGCACCAUCGAGGCGCUGAAGCGCAUGGCCACCGGCGACGGCCGGUUCGGGCCCUUCUCGGCCACGGUGUGCGCGACGGCCUUCUUCUGGCGCUUGAUCAUGCGCGCCAACGGGUACCGCGCCGAGCAGGUGGCCAAGAUGGCGUGCUCGAUCGACGGCCGCAAGCGCAUGCUGGAGCCGCGCCUGCCCGACAACUUCUUCGGCAACGUGAUCGGGCUCUCGGUCUCGGCCGCGCCGGUCUGGCGUCUCGAGACCGAGCCGCUGUCGUUCGCCGCGCGCCUCAUCCACGACAACAUCCAGCGCGCCAUGAGCAGCGACCACUUCCGGUCGCUCAUCGACUGGGUCGAGGCGCAGAAGCCGCUGCCGGUCAACCCCAACUUCAACAUCUUCUCGGACCCGGUCAUGAUCUGCUCCAGCCUCAUCAACGCGCCGCUCUACGACCUCGACUUCGGCCUCGGCCGCCGCCCGGACUUCGUCGGCUACGGCGCCAUGCCCGACGGCGUGCACAACGUCCUCUGGCUCCAGCCCAGCCCGUUCGGCCGCGGCAACAUCCUGGCGCAAGUGCACCUGCACGCCGACGCGCUCUCGCGCCUCGAGCGCGACUCCGAGUUCGACCUCGUCGCCUCGUCCGACUGCCUCCACUCUCUCGCCGCCCUCGGCCCUUCGCGCGGCGCUCGCUGCGCCCGAGCCUAAUCCACUCGCGCAUCCCCUCGCCCAUCCAUCCCUGCGAGCGAGCGGCUUCGAAUUCCAUUCCACUCGGACCCUUUGCCUCUGCUGAGCUGAGAAGCUCGUCGCGCCGCAGGUCUCUCGAUCGGUCCACUUUCACUUGCCCCUUCCCUGAAUCCGAUGUUUUGCACGACAUCGAUUUUGAAUCUACGGAACCCGAAACAGUCCGUGAUCAGGUCCAUCGGCUGUGUGCUGGCACUGAAGAAUGAAUGCGCCAUGAGGCCGGCUUGAGUCUGCCCGAGACUGGUUGAGUCGUUGUUGUCCACCAGAGCUCAUGAGCUCACCGACGGCGCAUGAGCACCGAUUAGAACAGGAAAUGCAGCCACAUCUCCGUUCGAACGAGAGAGAGAGAGAGAGAGAGAGAGGAGAGAGAGGCCAGAGCCGAUGGAAAUCGACGGAAUCCUUGACGCACGAUGUCAUAGAACGCUUCUAGGAUUUUAGCGCCAAUAGCUAAUUAGUGCAACUGCAUCGGAAGGCGCACCUGGAAAUUUUGCGGUCGAGUGCUGGUCAAUUUUCUACGCGACUCGAGGCGUCUAUCGCUUCUGGACAUCAGGACCGAAGGUCUCAACCGGUGCUGCUGCGGAUGCGCAGAUACAUUGUCUUCUGAGCAGUGCGUGAGGCAGAUUGUCGACAUGUGAUGUGCUCAAAUGUUGUGAAACAAGUCGAAUCCUCAGCUGACAGACCUCCCAGUUCAUAUUGAACAAGACCGGUCGUAGAUCCGUGACAAUUGUACAGGCAUGUUUCGGCCGGUCUGCGACUGAGCCUCAUGAAUAACAGUAAAAGUCCCAAAUCGCCAAUGGCGUUUGAGUUUCCCAGACUUCACACGUCGAUCGAUCUGAGAACCAUGC